CUCUGGAAGGAGGCUGGGCGCGAGAUUCGGCGGCACGGACAAAACCUGUGACGGCAGCGCAGCGGCAGAGGAGGCCGGGCCAACGGGGGACGCAGCUGGGAACAGGGGCCUCGGAGCUGGGCAAGAAGCGUCCGCAGCCCCCGAUCCUGUCUCCGCAGCCGGGCCGGGCCAUGAUCUGUGUGCGGGGCGCCGGGCCAGGCCGGGGCUAAGUGAGGUGGACGCGCUGGAGUCUCCGGGAGCGGUAGAGGCAGCCGCCCCCUUUUCUGCUGUGUGACGGGGCGGGCCCCACGGCCGCCACAGACUCCCCGGGGCAGUGUGAGGAGCCCGGGCAGGGAGCCGCGCAGCGCCGUCCCCAGUCCGUCUCCGCCUCCUUCUAUGCUGCGCCUCGAGGAUGGCGAAGAGACCGCGCAGUGAGGAAGAAGAUGAUGACCUUCAAUAUGCAGAUCAUGAUUAUGAAGUACCACAGCAAAAAGGGUUGAAGAAGAUAUGUAACAGAGUAAAAUGGACACGUGAUGAGGAUGACAAGCUAAAGAGGCUGGUAGAACAAAAUGGUACAGAUGAUUGGACUUUCAUUGCUAGUCAUCUACAAAAUCGUUCGGAUUUUCAGUGCCAGCAUCGCUGGCAGAAGGUUCUGAACCCAGAAUUGAUUAAAGGUCCCUGGACUAAAGAAGAGGAUCAGAGGGUUAUUGAAUUAGUUCAGAAGUAUGGUCCAAAACGUUGGUCUCUAAUUGCAAAACACUUAAAAGGGAGAAUAGGCAAGCAGUGCAGAGAGAGAUGGCAUAACCACCUCAAUCCUGAGGUAAAGAAAUCUUCAUGGACAGAAGAAGAAGACAGAAUAAUCUAUGAAGCUCACAAACGUUUGGGAAACCGAUGGGCUGAAAUUGCAAAACUUCUUCCUGGAAGGACAGACAAUUCAAUAAAAAAUCAUUGGAAUUCCACUAUGCGAAGAAAAGUGGAACAAGAAGGAUACUUACAAGAUGGAAUCAAGACUGAACAGCCUAGUUCAUCAAAACUUCAGCACAAACCUUGUGCUACUGUAGACCAUUUACAAACCCAGAAUCAGUUUUACAUACCUGUUCAGGCACAAAUUCCAGGUUACCAGUAUGUGACAUCAGAAGGUGGUUGUAUAGAACAUGUUCCAAUUUCUUCUAACUUUAUUCAGCAGCCAUUUGAUGAUGAUCCCGAUAAAGAGAAGAAAAUAAAGGAACUUGAGUUGCUUCUUAUGUCAGCUGAGAAUGAAAUCAGAAGAAAGCGAGUAUCGUCUCAAGCUGGAAGUUUCUCUAGCUGGUCUGGAAGCUUCAUCAUGGAAGAUAGCAUGUCUAAUACUCUAAAUAGUCUUGGGGAGCAAACAAGUGAGUUUUACAGUAUGGAUGAGACCCAGGGUGCAUCUGCCCAGCAGAAUUCACCUACCAAGUAUCUGGCUGUGGAGGCGAAUGCAGUGUUGUCAUCUCUACAGACCAUUCCAGAAUUUGCAGAGACACUAGAACUUAUUGAAUCUGAUCCAGUAGCAUGGAGUGAUGUCACCAGCUUUGACCUUUCUGAGGCUGCUAAUUCCCCUGUCAAAACUGCUCCAGUAACAUUAAUGAGGAUUCAACAUAAUGAAGGGGCAAUGGAGUGCCAGUUUAAUGUUAGUGUUGUUCUUGAUAGCAAAAAAAAUAAUUGUAGCAGUGGAGAAGAAGCAAUUCUUUCAACAUCCCCUUCCAUAGCUAAGUUCAGCACCCCACCUGCUAUCCUAAGGAAGAAAAAAAGAUUGCGAGUUGGACAGUCACCAGUCAAUGAGCUGAAUGAUGGGUCAUAUAAUGAUGCUGUCAGUGUUUCACUGAAACAAACACCAGUGAAAACACUACCCUUUUCUCCAUCACAGUUUUUCAACACAUGCUCUGGAAAUGAACAAUUUAACCUUGAAAACCCUGCAUUUACAUCAACUCCAAUCUGUGGGCAAAAAGUCCUUAUUACAACUCCUCUCCACAAGGAAAUGACACCAAAAGACCAAAAGGAAAAUGUGGGUUUUAGAACUCCAACAAUUAGAAGAUCUUUACUGGGUACCACACCAAGGACUCCAACUCCUUUUAAGAAUGCUCUAGCUGCUCAGGAGAAAAAAUAUGGCCCUCUCAAAAUUGUGUCACAGCCACUUGCCUUCUUGGAGGAAGAUAUUAGAGAGGUUUUAAAAGAGGAGACUGGAACAGACAUAUUCCUUAAGGAGGAAGAUGACUCUGUUUAUAAAAGCUGCAAGCAAGAGCACACUUCUGCUAAGAAAGUCAGAAAGUCAUUGGUAUUGGAUUCUUGGGAAAAAGAAGAACUUGGCGCCCAGCUCUUCAAUGAAGAUAAUGUUUUGGAUGUACAGUCAGAAAAUAUCUAUACUACAUCUUUACUAAUGAUACCAUUAUUGGAAAUACAUGACAACAGAUGUAACCUGACAUUGGAGAAACAGGCUAUGACUUCAACAAGCAAAACAAAUGCAGUAAUUAAAAAGAAACAGAAUUCUUGCACUUCAAAAAAUGUCAAAACAGAAAAGUCUCUUCAGUCAAAUUGUGAAUGGGAAGCAGUUGUUUAUGGAAAAACAGAAGAUCAGCUUAUCAUGACUGAACAAGCAAGAAGAUAUCUGAGCACAUAUACAGCUUCUGGCAGCACUUCAAGGGCUCUAAUUCUGUGAGGAUUGCUGCAACUUAUAAAACCAUACCUUCCCCUUACAAUUAACACUAAACUGAAGGAGAUUUCAGUUAAAUAUAUGUGAAUGAAGUCUUUGGUUUUUGAGACAUCCUUGUAAAGGAAAACUUGUCUCUUUAAUUGGCAAAAGGCUGACAUAUCAUGCUUUUCCUUUGGAAGUAAAGGAUAGCACAAACAAUCCUGAAAGUAACUUUUUUCAACAUUAAAAAAAAAAAAUCUAAAGCAAGGUGUAAAUAGUAUUUGAGUAAAUGUCAGUGUACACUUUUUUUACCCCAAUUUUUCACAUUUUUCUUCAUGACAUACGUUGCUACUCUCCAGUUAAUACAUUUUUUAAUGUAGGAUAGGUUUACAGGUACUUCUGAUUUCUGAAUAAGCAACAUACAUAGCUGUAUGAAAAUGCUUUUGCUUAAGUGCUCAGUUGCUUAUGUAGCAUUUUUUUUCUACAUAUAAAGAAACACGAUGGAAAGGAGUCUAAAGGAAGGAUAGAAAGUUGCACUACUAGUUUUUGGUAUGCUGCAAAAACAAUAAAAUUAACUACAGUGUUAAAUAUAUUUAUUUGAGAAUGGUACUAGAAAUAUGAUAGUAGGCAAAUGGGAUGAAUUAAGUUUUUCAUUAGUGUAAAACAUCAGUAUUCAUAAAUCUCAGAAACUGAGACAAUUGUUGAAUGUAUUGUACAGUAUGUAGGAACAGGGAAACUUUUGUAAAUUGGAAGGGAUUCUGUCUUUAUAAUUUAUUUUCAUUUUAAAGCUUAAAUGUAGAUAUUUAUGUGUACAUAGGUUGUCUAGAAGCCAAUGUUGUUUCCUGUUAUAACAGCUAAAAUGGUAAAGGACAAGUUUUAACCUUGAAGUAUUGAAUAGCUGCAUCAUUACAGUCUGUGAAGCAUAUAAAUCUAUACUGUAUGUUACAUCUACCUAAGGAUUGCACUAUAUACCCUUCAAAUCAUGUUGGUCGGCAAAGUAGUUUAUAAACUAUUCCUUUAUAAUAAUAUUACAGGUAUUCCGAUAACAUGUUUUUAAUUAAUUAUAUGUAUGAGAGCAAGCUGGAGGUCCUGUAUGUGACCCUAUUCAUGAAUUAAAAAUGAAUGAAUUUUAUUACAUGUUUAAAAAAACUUGGCACCUUUGUUUUUAAAAACAGUCUUAUCUGCACUUAGAAGUUUGACCAUUGUAUAUUUACAUACUAAAUAUUAGAAGAGGGAAGAGAACAUUUUUAUUUAUGAAAAUAUUUGUCCUUAUUUAAACCUUUACAGGUUACAACAGUUGCUUCAGUUGCCUAUUUUAGGUAUUUGCACUUACUUUGUCUCUUUUGAAGGAAUGUUUUGGUUUGCUUUUGUUGUAGAGAUUUUUAUGUAGUUAAUUUCUUGCAGAUUAUAUAAUUGUGUGCUAUCAACAAUACUGACAAGUAAAUAGAAUUGUACACUGUAGUUUUAGCUAUUUAUAAUUCAGACACUCUUCCUCUCCACUCCCUGGUGUGCUGCUAUUGAUAAUAGCAGAAUCGGCUUGCUGCUAUGAGAGAUGGAAAGAGCGGGCAUCAUAUGCACUGUAUGUAAAAUUUCCCCAAAAAAAAUGAUGGCAGGUUCUCCAGUUAUCUUAAUGAGAUCAACCAUUACUAUGCCGGAUAUAGCAAAAUUUAUGCCACAGAAUUUAUACCACGUAAUACCAAGAUCUUCAGAAAAUGGUUUGUUAUUUAAUUUGAACACUUGGUAUAUGGUAUGUUGAAAAGCAAUAUGUGGUUAUUUAAAAUACUUUUUAAAACAGCUCAUGGGUUCCAGUAUUUUUAAAGAACUGUUUAAAUAUUGAAUGUUUUUAAGCCUACUAUAGAAUCUAGGCAUUUAAAAGUUACAUCCAUUUUAAAUCAGAUUAAAAGUAAGAGAAAUGCUUAUAGAAAAGAGAUCUAAAAAUCCAAGAUGUGCGAGGAUUAUUCCUCAUUCGUGUCAAAUGGGAGGAGCCGAUUAGAACCCCUUGGCAUGGUGGUUUUGGUGUGUUCAUUGCUAGCAGUAGAUUUCACAAGGAGAAUCCAAUUUGUGGCACAAAAUGAAUGAAAGUGAUUAAGUUGCAUAAUAUGUAGAGAGAUUCUUGUAAUUCUUUCAUGCCAGGAACUGGAUUUUUCCCCCCCUGGAUUUUUUUUAGAAGAAAUGGUUGCACCAAAGACACCAGUACCAAGGUUAAACUUAGUUAUGAUAAGUAGUAUUUAUUUGAAUUGGUAUUGGUUGAAUCAUCUAGUUAACUGCUUCUUUAUUGCUUUAGCAAGAAGGUUUUAAUCUUUUUUAUCAUCUUUUGAAUGUUGUGUGCAUUUGCAUUUCUUUCAGUUUAUAAGUAGACUAUACAUGCAGCAGCCAAACAUGCAUGAAAACUGACUACAUAUAUAAUUCAUUUUGUUUUAAGGUUUUGAUAAAAUGUACAACAAAUGCCUUGAUGAAGUUGUUUUUUUGUUGUACAAUGAACUUUGUUUCAUGUAAGAAAAUCUUGCAUAUAAUGCAGACCCAUAUUAACAGCAGAAAUAAAGCAUCUAUGUA